GGUUCUCAUCGCUCUCGUCACUCCUCAUCCCUCUCGUCACUUCACAUUGCUCUCGUCACUUCUCAUCGCUCUCGUCACUUCUCAUCGCUCUCGCUCUCAUCGCCUCGCCUUGCCUCCUCGCACGCUGCUCGCUGUUCCCCUCCCUCGCACCAUCGCUGUGUAUCUGCGUUCGCUGCUCUCACACCGCCUCAUUCUCUGCGCGCCGAUCUCAGCGAUCCCAGCGAUCCCAGCGAUAGCAGCGGCGCAUGGCGGGCUCGGCGGAGGGGCGAGUGGUGAUUGUGGGCGACGGCGGCUCCCCCGCCGCGGCUGGCGUGGCGGAGCGUGCGGCGGGCGCGCGGCGGAAUGUGGUGCACCUGGCGCACCCAAAAACAGGCGCUUCGGUGUGCUACGUGCAGCAAGGCGACUCCGAGCUCGAAGCACGCGCAAUGGAGCCGAGGGCGGGCGUGCGGGUGGAGCGGGUGGAGGCGGGGGGGAGCGGGGAGGAGGCGGAAGGGGAGGGCACGGAGGCGAGUCCGCGGCUGCCCAAGGCGGACAGCCACAGCCGGGCGGCGCACGAGGCCGUCGCGCGCAUCCUCGAGGACGCCCCACUGGAGGGCGGCGAAGGGGGCGAAGGUGGCGAGGGAAGCGCGGAACUGGCAGGGGCAGGGGGAACGGGUGCGGUGAGCGAGAUGGCGUGGAGCGACAUGGGGCUGGGGAGGAGCAGCAGAAGCAAGUUCGGACCGGUGGGAUGGCAGGAGUACUUUGACGAGGAGGAAUAUGUGACCAUGACAAAUGGCGAUGUGUUCCACGUGUACAGGGCGGGGCGCACAGGGCCCGUGCUGUUGUGCUUGCAUGGCGGCGGCUACACCGGGCUGUCUUUUGCGGUGGCAGCUGGGCACAUGAAGGGCGAGGUGCAGGUGGUGGCGCUCGACAUGAGGGGGCAUGGAGGCACUCGCACCACCAACGACUCUGACCUCUCCGCUCAGACGCUAGUGGCGGAUGUGGCAGCCAUGGCAAAGAGGCUCUUUGGCGACUCGCCUCCAGCCAUAGUGUUGCUGGGUCACAGCAUGGGCGGGGCCGUGGCGGUACGAGUGGCGGAGCAGCACCUGCUGCCAUCGCUGGCGGGCCUCGUGGUCGUUGACGUCGUUGAGGGCACAGCCCUGGCGUCGCUGGGCCACAUGCACGCUGUGCUGGCGUCACGCCCCUCGCACUUCCCAUCCCUCGAAAAAGCUGUGGAGUGGAGUGUGCGGUCGGGGCAUCUGAGGAGUGUUGACUCUGCCCGAGUCUCUGUGCCAUCCACCCUGGUUCCAGAUGCAGCAGGAAAAGGGUUCACCUGGCGCACUCCCUUGGAGCAGUCUCAGCCGUACUGGAAGGGAUGGUACACGGGCCUGUCUGACCUCUUUCUGCACUGCCCAGUGCCCAAGCUGCUGCUGCUCGCAGGGACCGACCGCCUGGACAAGCCGCUGACCAUUGCUCAGAUGCAGGGGCGCUUCCAGAUGCUCGUUGUCCGCCACUCAGGCCACGCCAUCCAGGAGGACGAGACUCUGGACUUCUCCUCCAGCGUGCUGCACUUCAUAGCGAGGAACCGAAUAACUCAGCGUGGCGUCAUGGUCGGCGGCUUCAUCCAUCAUUGAUGAACUACAACCAUGCUGCACCAUGCUGCUUUAUUCCUAUGCCAUGCUCUCUCCUGCAGUUUUGCAAUACCCUCCACCCACCAAGAUUAUGACAAUCAUGGGUAACCGAGGGUUUAGGAAAAGUGCCAUUCACAUUGAACUAGGUGUCAACUUAUACAUAUGUUGCAAUGUAGACGUUAUAGGCUAGAUAGUUGUAUGUUCUUAGAGGGUACAACCAGAACGCAUACAUCUCCCUUGUUCACACUUGUAUUC